UUUGUAAAUCAUAUAUUAGUUCAAGAUUGUCAACAUGUGUUUCUCUUGUUUUCUAGUGAACCUGCAGAAGCCCAAUAUUUCUCUCAGUGGAUGGUUUGACUUUGGUCCUCAGGGUUCAGUGAUCACCAGAGGUCACAGCUUCACUAUUACUUGUUCAUCUGAAUCUCAGUAUUCUGGAUGCUUCUUCUCUCUGUUCAGUGGAUCAAACAUCAUCAGUAGUAAACCAGCUGUCCACCACUCAGCCGUCUUCAUCUUUCCUGAGGCAGAUUAUUCACAUGAGGGAAACUACAGUUGUGUUUAUGAAGUGAAUGUGUCCUCACGUAACUUUCCUUCAGAUGCGUCUGACCUGCUGCUCAUCACUAUCAGAGCCUCUCUGCUUCCUGUCAUUGGUGCUGUUGUGUCAGCUGUACUUCUUAUCUUCUCAGCUCUUGUUAUCGUUUUCAUAGUGAAGAGAAGACAAAAACAAAACAAUAAGGAGAUUCGUAAAAAGUGCUUCUUUAAGAAAGGUGAGGGUAAUACAUAUGAAGGUGCAUCCUGUGACACCAAAAAUGAAGAGGAUGAUGAGGACGUCUAUCAAAAUAUGGAACCUGAUAAGAAACACUGUGACAAUAUGAGCAGUGAUGGCUCUGAAAAGGACUAUAUUAAUGUGGAUUCAGAUCAUUUAAAACAGGAUUGUAUGAAUGCAGACACAGAUGAUUCUGAGGAGGAUUAUGUUAAUGUUGAUAUUACAGAAAACAGAAGUAAAGUAGACAGUAAAUGUGAUGAUGACCUCUAUGAAAGUUUUAUGGAUAAUGAGUGAACCUGAAAUACAGUAGAUUUACCUUAGAACAGAGGUGCACAGAAUAGGGCCCGCGGGCCAAAGCUGGGCUGUAAUGGCCUUUAAUUUGGC